AUGCCCGCGGAUAGUAAGACCUUAACUGGCUCGUACACAAUUCCCGAUGCUUUGAAGAAGAGGUUGGAGGAAGAGAUAGAGACGGAUGCAGCAACCGCAAGAGUAAAUUCUCAAACGGAGCUGAAUGCUCGGAGAUUUCAAAAUGAUUACAAUAAACAAAAGUAUCACAGAGAUAUUGACCUUAAUUUCGACAGCAGUAAGCCGUACAAAGAAGUUUUGAAGGAGCGUCAAAUAGAGAAAGGCGAACACGAAGUUGUUGCCACUAUUAAUGAUUUAAAACCGAGAGAGCAAAGGAAAAGAGUUGGCCUCCACCUUGAAGAUGUCCCUACACAGCCACUGCUAAAGAAACAACAAUCACUCGUAACAGACACCAGUAUCGAGUCAGCUGAGUUAUCACUUGUAAAGAAGCUAAAGGAAAACAAUGUUCCAGUAAUAAAUGGUAUACCCUUGACCGAUGAAAUUCUUACAAUGGUACUUCCAGAAGGCUACGUGAAGACUACUCCUCCUCUGGAGUACCAAGGAUUGGUAUCUAGACCGCAACUAAAUUUCAACCAAUUGACUGGCCCCCAAUAUUACGAGCCACCAAGUAACGAGGAUGUUCCUCUCAGUACGUUAGACACUGUUGCUGUGUUUCCUGGCUUGCGUGGAUUAGAAUACUUUAAGGAGGAAGAUAAAAAGUAUUUUGGUGAGCUUUUGCAAAAACGUCCUGAAGAACUCAGUGCUGAGGAGCAGAAAGAGGUUCAGUCAAUGAAAUUAGUUUUGAAAGCAAAGAAUGGUACUCGUAUAGUUCGAAAACGUGCCAUGCGGUCUUUAACAGAAAAUGCUGUUAAAUUUGGCCCAAAGACAUUGCUUAGCCAAAUACUUCCAGUUUUGCUUGAACCGAGUUUGGACGAACAAGAGCGCCAUUUGUUAAUCAAGAUGAUGAGUCGAAUAAUGCUCAGAUUAAAUGAGUCAAUUCGUCCUUACACUCUGAAGGUUAUUCAUGUGCUUUCGCCUUUUUUGAUUGAUGAGAGUAUCACCAUGAGGACAGAGAGUCGUGAGAUUAUCUCGAAUUUGACCAAGGCAGUUGGGUUUGCCAAUAUGGUAUCAACAUUGCGUCCAGACUUGGAUCAUGUCGAUGAGUAUGUGAGAAAUGUGGCUUCUAGAGUACUUGCCAUUGUUGCAAGUACCAUUGGUCUUCAACAAUUUUUACCUUUUCUUAAAGCUGUGGUAAGGUCCAAGCAAGCAUGGACGGCUCGCCAUACGGGAAUAAAAAUUGUGCAACAAUUGUGCAUUUCUCUUGGCAAAGGUAAUGGAUCAACAAUUUUACCUUUUCUCCUGCAAAUUGUUGAGAUUUUGACACCGGCCAUCAAUGAUGAGCUGCAGCAAGUUAGGGCUAUUACUGCGUUGACUUUGGCCCAACUUGCCGAGAGUGUUGAACCGUAUGGUAUAGAUUCGUUUGAACGUACCUUGGAGCCACUUUGGUACGAAACCAAAAGACAACGAGGAAGGGUAUUGGCAGCCUAUUUGCGAUGCAUAGGCUCUUUGAUCCCAUUGAUGGUUUUUGACCCAAGAUACGAGGAAUACACCAAUCACUAUGUCAAGGAGGUGAUGUAUCUAAUAUCUAAGCAAUAUGGAUCUCCUGAUGAAGAUAUGAGGAAAACUGUUCUCAAAGUCUUGUUGAAGCUACCAUUGUCGAAGCAGAUUGUACCCGAAUAUCAACAACGGGUAUUCAUUCCAUUCUUUAGAGCGUUUUGGAACAGACGAACAGCUCUGGAAUCAUCACAAGUUUUGAAACUUGUGAUUGCAGCUACACAGCACUUGGCAAGCAGGUUUAACACUAUGCUAGUAUUGCGAAACAUAAUCCACUUCACAAAGGAUGACAAUGAACAGUUGCGUCGACUUGCUGUAGAGGCAGUAAAUGUUCUUAUUUCAGCAAACCCUGAUGCACUAGUUGAAAUGAACUCUGAUGAUGUGCGCAUCACAGUUGAUGGUGUAUUGUUUGCAUUUCAGGAGCAGUCAAUUGAAGGUGGAAAUAAUAGUAGUGGUAAUAGUGGUGCAAUUUAUCUUUAUGCUUUCAACUCUUUGGCGAAAGCAUUGUCGUCGCGUUUAAAGCCUUAUUUAGGCUCUAUAAUUAGUUCAUUACUAUACCGGAUGAAGAAUAAAUCGCCAGAAAUUCGGCAACAGUCUUGCGAUCUUGUCACCAUUAUAGCUCCCGUGAUUGGAAGCUCGGGACGGGACGAAGAUAAUGGAGUUGAGGCAGAUAAUAUAUUGAGCAAGUUGAUCCUCAUUUUGUAUGAGUCAUUGGGUGAAGUGUACCCGGACGUACUUGGGUCCAUAAUCAAUGCGUUGCACGCUUGUGUCAACUCCAUCAAUAAAGAUACCCUUUUGUCAAUGAGCAAUCCUUCUAUAAAUCAGAUCUUGCCUACGUUAACGCCAAUUUUAAAGAAUCGACAUGAAAAAGUUCAAGAGUCAAGCAUCAAAUUGAUUGGAUUAAUUGCUACGCGGAAUGCCGAGACGAUCAAUGCCAAAGAGUGGAUGCGUAUUUGUUUUGACUUGCUCGAGAUGCUCAAGUCGUCGAAGAAGCGGAUCCGUAUUGCCGCCAACGCCACUUUUGGUCACAUAGCCAAUACGAUUGGUCCGCAGGAUGUGAUUGUUAUGUUAUUGAAUAAUUUAAAAGUUCAAGAGCGUCAACUACGAGUAUGUACAGCGGUAGCAAUGGGGAUUGUUGCCGAGAAAUGUCAGCCAUUUACUGUGCUUCCAGCAAUUAUGAACGAAUACCGGACGCCGGAGAAGAAUGUACAAAAUGGUAUUUUGAAGGCACUUAGUUUUUUGUUUGAAUACCUUGAUGGCAAAACCAGUAGGGACUAUUUGUUUGCAAUCACACCAUUGUUGGAAGAUGCAUUGAUUGAUAGGGAUUUGGUGCACAGGCAGACUGCGGCAACUGUUGUUUCCCAUGUGGCGUUAAAUGUUUACGGUUUGACAGAUGGUGAGAAUACAGAAGUCUUUGUGCACUUUCUCAAUUUGGUGUUGCCGAAUAUCUUUGAAACUUCGCCGCAUGUGAUUUCGAGAAUAUUAGAGAGUUUGGAUUCUUUGAGAGUAACUGUGGGUAAUGGUGUGUUUAUGAACUACGUAUGGGCUGCCUUAUUCCACCCGGCAAGGAAAGUUAGGGAGCCGUUUUGGAAAUUGUUUAAUAGUGCUUAUGUUCAAUGCGCGGACUCUUUGGUACCAUCGUAUCCAAGAAUUGACUGUUUUGCUAAUACUGUCACAGAUCGAGAUAGUCAUAAUGGUUAUGAUGAUGAUCACAGUAAUGAAAGAUUCUCUUUACAGGAGCUAGAUUUGUGUUUAUAG